UUUGUCGCUUUUGCCCCUCAAAACCCUUCCCCUCCUACCGUCGCUGCUCUGGCCCAAAUCUUGCGCCGUCGAUUGCAAGUUCUGAACGCCAGAGAGCGGAAGACCACGCCUGCGCUUCGAAUCUCCGGCGAGCGCAACCCAGAAGGGAUCGGAGAUGCAGCAGGGAGAUGGCACGGAGGCGCAGGUGACGUGGGAGGACCAGCAGAACAUCAACCGCUUCGGCCGCCUCAACAACCGCCUCCACGAACUCCACGACGAGAUCAAGCUCGCAAAGGAAGCAAAUGAAAACCUUGACGAUGCUGGGAACGAACUCAUCUUGUCAGAUGAAGAUGUGGUGCGGUUCCAAAUUGGAGAAGUGUUUGCUCACAUGCCAAGGGAUGACGUCGAGACCAGGCUGGAGCAGAUGAAAGAGGAUGCAGCUAAGAAGCUGGAGAGGCUAGAGGAGGAGAAGGAAUCCAUCCUCGCCCAGAUGGCUGAGCUGAAGAAGAUACUAUAUGGGAAGUUUAAGGAUGCCAUCAACUUGGAGGAAGAUUAAUAACAGUGAGUUCAAUUGUAUGGCGCUCUUUCUAGUCCUGGAUCUGUUUUUGUUCGUCUGUCCUCCCACUAUAUCCUGUGCGUAGGCUUGUGUAACAUCGGGAGAGUUUCAGUUUUGAAAGCUUUCCACAUAAUGCAUCGGCUAAUGGUUGAUGCUUGUACCGCAAUAGGUUAAUGCUGCUCAACCUUUAUAAACGUAAGGGAUAGACGGAUAUGUUUCGUUUAAACAUGCAUCGUGGGGAAACUUGCUAUCAUUACCUUAGAUGUUAGUGAGGUCAAAAGUACGUACCUGUGCUAUCUCAAGUUCGCGAAUGGUUCGGUUCUGAAGUGUUUGUAUGAAUUGAAGUGAACGGGCGUGGCAUGAACUUUUCGUCAGUUCGAUUUUA